UACAGUUUUUCAAGCCGUUUGUUCCUAAUAGUAUGCUCUUAAUAUGACGGAGGAAACCUCGCCCAAAUUUGAAACUUUUGUAAUCGAAGACGCGAUCACAUGUGACGAUCUAAUCAAGACUAAAUUGGGUGGAGCGAAGUUUGUGGGGUUCGACUGUGAGUGGAUCAAGAAAAAGAAGAUAUCACUAAUUCAGAUAGCUACUCUGGAGACUGUGUUGUUGAUCAGAGUGAAACAGAUGGUUAUUACCGAGUGCUUGGAGAGGUUCCUGCAGGACUCGUCCGUCAUCAAGUUUGGGGUCAGUAUAUCGAGAGACGGGGAAAAGAUGAUGACGGAUUUCAAAAUGCCUCUAGAAGGUAAAGUUGAUCUACGGAAACUGAUGAACCACAGCAAGCCGUACCAGGAAUAUUUUUGGAAGAAGAUUCAAGAGCACGAGAGGGAGCUCCAAAGCAAGAAACAGUUCAACCCCAGGUUUAACAUGUUGGAAGAAAGAAGAAGCUGGAGACCCAGACAAGGAUUGGGGGCCUUGUCAGAAACACUCCUGAACAUCAGCAUGGACAAAAGUUUAGACCUACGAGCAGGUGACUGGAACUGCAAAGUGCUGUCACCAGAACAGAUGAAGUACGCUGCGCUGGACGCCUGGGCAGCACUGAAAAUAGCACACUGCCUUGCAUCUCCAAACCUCAAUCCCAACUUGAAAAUCUCAGAUAUUGAACUGAAGUUGGCUGGAAUCUGCAAGCCAGUGAUGGAUAGACCCUUCAAUGAUAGGACAGAUUUUGCGGAGCUGAUGCAUGUUAUCUACAAGGAACACCCAGAGCUUAAGAUAAAGGAGUAUCUGCCAGCAAAACCAGCGACACAUCUAUCAAAAGCACUGAGAAGACGUUUAAAACGAGAAGAAGUGCUUCGAGAAAUUUCCGAAAGUGAGGGCGAGGAUGAGGAAAUUCCGGAAAUACGAAGGGCAGCAAGCCCCCACCAACAAACUUGCUAUUGAUGAAAAGUAACUGGCCCCCACAAACAAACUUGUUACUGAUAUUAUUAUACUAUCCA